AUGCGAAUGUUGACCACCAAAUUUGAGAUUUUGAGAAUGCGCGAUGAUGAGACUUUCUCUGCAUACUAUGAAAAACUUUGUGAAAUCUCAAAUGAAGCUGUUGGACUUGGAGAACCUAUUAGCAACGAAAGAUUGGUCAGUAAAAUACUGAGAUCUCUGCCUGAAAGGUAUAACAUGAAAAUCUCUUCAAUUGAAGAAACUGCUGAUGUUGCUACUUUGCGUGUUGGGGAUCUGGUCAGUAAGUUGUUAACUUUUGAGAUGAAUCUCGAACAGCAGAAAGCUGAUCAUGUGUCCAAAAGUGUGGCUUUUCGUGUUGAAAAGAUUCCUGAAAACUCUGAAAUUACUAACUUGUCUGAGUGUACAGAUGUUGAUCCCGAGGAGGAAGAUGAUGUUAAUCUUGCUAUGUUGGUUAAAAAUUUUAACAACAUGCUGAAAUCCUUUAAAAAAGGAAAAUCCAAAAAUGGUUUUAGGAAACCUUCUGGGAUGUCUGCUGGAUCUUCAUCCAACAUCACCAAUGUUAAGAAGAAUGUUGGAACAACAUCUGAAGUACGAAGUGUUGAUCACAUUCAAUGCAGGGGCCGUCAAGGGAUGGGUCACUAUGCAAAUGAGUGUCCCACAGUUGCAAGAAAAAGGCAUUCUGGUCUUACUGCAACUCUUAGUGAUGACUCAGAUUCUGAGGAGGAAAAAGUUCUCCUUAUGGCUACAGUUGAUGAAGAGCAUUUGCAGGGAGAAGACAUGAUUGGAGCCCUUAAAAAUCUUGAUGAUGAAAUGAUUUUUUCAGAUUGUUCUUCUGAAUCAGGAACUCUAAGUGCUGAUGACAAUAUUUCCAGAUCCGACUGUGAUGUUGAUCUGAUUGAUGUGUCUGAUAAUAUGAAUGUUGAUGUUGAUGUUGCCAACACUGAUGUGAACAUCUCUUCUGAAAAUGAUCAGUUUGAUGUGAUUUUUAACAAUGAUGUUUUUGACAUGGAUACUGAUGUUCAGGAGAUUGAUGGGAUGAAGAUCCCCACUAACACAACGAACUGGUAUGAAAUGACUAUUCUUGAUGAUUUCAACUCGAGUAUACCGGAUUUCUAUUGUGUUGCAGCUUUGGAAGAACAGGAGAGUGAUCCACUGAAAGAGAUGGAGAAUUUUAAAGAGCUCUAUGAGGUUGUUGAUUCUCAAUGUCGGGAGUUGAGAAAUGACAUCUUUUGUGAUUCUGAAAGGGUGUUUAAACGGUUUAACAAAGGGACCUCAUGUUUAAAUGAAGUUCUAUCUCAUGGUCAGCAUAGUAAUUAUGGUAUUGGUUUCUGUGCUGAGGAGCAAAGAAAGCAACAUCGUAAUACUACUGUUUUUGUUAAAGAAAGAAAUGUCAGUGUGAAUGUUGACAACAUUAAGGAUCCUCAUAAGAAAAGCAAAAAGAAAAAAUCCUAUGUUUGUCAUUAUUGUUCUGCUCCUGGACAUAUCAAACCUCAUUGUGUCAAAUACAUAAGUGAUUGUGCUGUAAAAUCUGCGACACAGAUGUUUGACUGUUACCAGAAGAAUGUUAGUAACACUGGCAGGUUUGACUUUAGCAGAUUGUUGGAUAAGAGAGAACAGAAUGAAACCUGUAACACUGUUGUCUACACCUCCUUGAAUGCUAAUAUUUCUGAGAAUUGGUACUUUGACAAUGGGUGUUCUAGACAUAUGACAGGAACAAAGGCUUUACUCUCUGAUUUUGUUCCAACAUCUGGAGGAAAAGUCACGUUUGGAGGAGGUGCGAAAGGAACAAUUCUGGGGAAAGGAGUUCUCAAUGUUACUGAUUUUCCUAAAUUAAAAGAUGUGUAUCUUGUUGAAGGACUUAAGGCUAACCUGUUUAGCAUAAGUCAAUUAUGUGAUGCAGGUAUGACUGUAAAGUUCGACAAACAUCUUUGUGAAGUCUUUGAUGACACAAAUCAGUGUGUGAUGAUGGGAAAAAGGUCGUAUGACAAUUGCUACAAGUCCCAAGACGAAACGUUCUGCAAUGCAGUCAAACUCGAUGAUGUUGAGCUUUGGCAUCAACGACUGGGACAUGUCAACUUCAAGAAUCUUCAAAAGUUGAUCACAUGA